AUAAAAAAUCAAACGCAAUCGAGCACUUCAAGUGCAGUACCAGAGUACACAAGUAUUGCUCCAUCUCUUGUCACUUUUUUGGUUCAGAUUGCCUCUGUAGCCACAAAGGCAGCCAAUUACGAGGAUUGGUACUGGAAGAAUCAGCUCGGAAAAUGCUACAUGAGGCUUGGUUUACUUCAAGAGGCUGAGAAGCAAUUUCUGUCGUCCUUGAAAAACCAUCGUUUACCUGAAACUCACGCUUACCUUGCUAAGGUAUACAAUCGACUCGACCAACCUUUGGUAUCGAACAAAUACUACGAACAAGGCCUUAUGCUUUACCACGAUGACGUCACUUUGCUAACGGGAUUGGCAAGAAAUAAAGAGCUACUCGGCGAAAUGGCUGAAUCCAAUGAGUGCUAUAAGAAGAUUCUCAGUGUGCAGGCAAACAACGUCGAGGCGAUCGCCUGUAUCGCCACCAAUUGUUUUUAUGACGACAAGCCAGAGAUCGCUCUACGAUACUAUCGAAGAAUCAUGCAAAUGGGUGUGAAUAACGCCGAACUGAUGAUGAACAUUGGAUUGUGUUGUUUCGCCUGUCAGCAAUUCGACUUUGCACUCUCUUCUAUACAACGAGCUCAUUCCACAGCCACAGAGGAUGCUGCCGGUGAAAUAUGGUACAAUACAGGACACAUAAUG